AAGAAAGAAGCCCCGGAGGAUGAAGUAUUAGAGUCAAUUCAUCAACCAUGCAUCUUAAUAUUCGACUCGUUGCGGACGAGUAGCAAGAAUCCCUCUAGAAUCGUAGCAACUCUCAGGGACUAUCUGGCAGUGGAAUGGAAGCGGAAACACGGGGACGAUGAGAAACGGGUGUUUGAUAAGAAUACGAUUCGCGGCUAUUGCGUUCGCUGUCCGCAGCAGGAUAAUUUUAGCGAUUGCGGAGUUUACUUGCUUCAAUACGUUGAAAGCUUUUUCUGCGGAGAUGCGAAAGUGACGGACUUUCGAUUGCCGUUGAAACGAUUGGAAAACUGGUUCUCUGCGGAACUCAUGCGGAGGAAACGAAGGGAUAUUGCCGAGUUGUUCCUGCGACUGACUGAGGAGUCGAAUCCGAACGUUUUGGGCAUUUUGCCGAAGCUGGAAUUUGAUUGCGAUCAAUUUGAAACUGUUCGUCGGAUAAAUGAAGUAUCCAAUGUACGCAAGGAGGAAAACGGACCCGCUGGAACGGAAGUCGCCGGCGUUAAGACCGUCUCCGAGGGCCCCGCUGCGCCAGAGACGUCUAAACUCGGCGGCGAGAACGGAGAUGCCCUUGGGACGGACGACGGCUCGCGAAAGAAGCGGGGCUUUUCGAUUGCCAUCCCACGCGUCGCCUCUGUGCCUGGGUUUGACAAUUCCUUAUUGAAAAAGCGCAAGAUUGACGAGAUCUCACCAGUCACACGACCGGCGGAAGAUCAAUCCUCG